UCGAUUUUAUCUUAUCUAAUUUUAACUUUUGCUAUAUUUUUUUGAUUGAAUUGUACCUACAAAGUACAAUUCAAUUGUAGUACGUAACAUAUCUUCCUCCAUCCUUCAGUCGGUAGCCUGAUUUCAGGGGAAAGAUUUCUUUUAUAUGACCUGUUGUUGUUUCCAUUAUUCCAAUUAACGAUUUCAUUCAAAGUAUAAAAGCGGCAUGAUUUUUUAAUGCGUUAUUUUUCAGAAAUUACGAUGUCAACGUUGCAUAGUAACGCAAUUAUAACAGGUAGUUUUGAUUCGUACUGCCUCCUUUGUGAAGUUCACUUAAAGGAGAACGUGGAAGAUCAUAUCAACGUGCCUGAACAUAAAGAAAAGUUGCAGCAUUCCAGCUAUGUACAGAAGUAUAAAUUUCAUCAUAUACGAAAAGUAUUAAAAGGAUACUAUUGCGAAUUCUGUAAUAUUCUGCUACCGACCUUAGUUAACGUAGGUCUUCAUGUUACAUCGAAUGACCACGAAUGUAAAGUAGGGAAUGGACUUUUGAAAGAAGUUGAUGGAGGCGUCACUGCUUUUGACCGGAUGUUUAUAGACAAUCAGGCGUGGAAUGGUCUUAUCGAAGACACAAUUUGUUGCCUCUGCAACGAAGAAUUUAAUGAUAAAUCUGUGCAUAUAAAGCAGCAUUCGCAUAUACUUCAUCUGAUUCAAAAAGGUGUACACAUGAAGGAACACGGAAUUUUAUACCGAAAUGUUGAUACCACUACAUUACAUUGUAUGGUUUGCAAUAUAAUCUUGGAAAUUAAGGACGGUGAUUUACAUUUUGACAGUUCACCACAUUUGGAAAAAUUUCGUAAAAGCUGCGAUCUAAAAAAUAGAUUAGACGCAAAUUCGAUAAAAACAAGAAUUGACAAAUUCAUAAAACAGGAGGAUAAGCCGCCUGUGAUUGAACAUUCUACAUGUGUUAAUAAUAAAGAAACAGAUGUCAAAAAGUUCAAUGACAAUAAUAAUAAUAGCAAAAAUAAUGACAUAAUAAAAACUCAAGAGGACACGAAAACUAAUGCAGCCAAAACUGAACCAGAAAAGAGCAAAAUUGAAGACGUACUGCGUCACCCGUUCCAAGCUAAAGAAGAAGCAAAGAUACUUGCUAAAAAAAACAAAAUCAAUUAUAAGUUCGCCAAACAAAGCGCUUACUGCAGCGUGUGCAAUGUCACCAUAUCAUCAUCUUUAAAAAGAAUUAAAGAACACAUAGAAGAAAAUAAUCAUAAAAAAAAUCUUCAAAGAAAUCAGGUACCAAGGAAUUGUAAAAAAGAUAAUAUUAAUAUUAUUAAAAUUCCAAUUGCGUAUUUCGUAAAUGGCGUUGAAGGGUAUGAAAACAAGCUAAUGCCCGGACUACUUGGUGAUUGGAUUGUUCUAAAUGGCGAACUUUGUAUGAAGUUUAUAAGCUACUCAAUGAUAACAGUAAACUGCUCAUUAGUAAGAUGUCAAGCAUGUAAGGAAACAGUUGACAUUUUAAAUCUAGAAAACCACAGCAAAACUUCCAGACAUGAGAAAGCGAUAAUGUCUAUACCCGUUGUUCUUACACUGAAAGGUGAAUUUGUUAGAGUGAUUCAUUCUGGACUCCACCACUGUGGUUUCUGCAAUCUAGUAGUUGGAGACUGGGAGGAUUUAACAAUGCAUUUGGAAUCAGACAGACAUCAUUCAAAGAAAUACCAAUGUUAUUUACAGCAUGAAUUAUUGAAAUGUAUCGAUAAAUAAUAUGCAAAAAUAUAUAUUGUUUAUUUACAUUUUAAUUGUUUUUUUAGACAUUGCUCCAAAACAAAUAAAUCUACUUUGUUUCGGAAUAUAUAUAUUUAUUAUUUUCUUAAUCUUUUGUUGUAUUUUUCUAUUCCAAUUUAUUGUGUGCUACUAAUUCGAUUUCUUAUUAAGUACUUCUUGCA